CAUGGCCCCUGCGCAAGGAUGACACGCAAAAUCGUGAAGCGUUCCACAUUUUUUGUCGAUUUUGACAUCUUUGUCAAUUAAAUUUUUUAUCGCAAUGGUAUUGUUUUAUUGCACGUGAGCUAUGUUCUCGAGGAAUUUCAGUCAAUCACGAAAUCUUGUUGCUUUUACGCUUCAUAGAAAAUGAAACUGAUGCAGUUUUAAGUGUGAGAGUCGGCACUGUUCGUACAUACGAGCAUACGAAAGUGAAAGCAUGGGAAUAACGAAUGCAGUCUCGAUGUUUUGAUCACUUUGGUGUGUUGUAUCAAGGAGCAAGUGUCACCAGCGUCGUCGAGACGACUGAUGGUUAAAGAUGUGAUGGUAUCUUCGAUCGCGACUUGAUCGCUCUGCAGGACAUCGCGAUUUCAAAUCGAUGUCGCUGUCACGUCAAUGCAAGUGAGAAUUAGAUGGGAGUGAGUUUCGUAAAAAUAACAGUUUAUUGAUAACAGGCAGAUUACAUCUCAACUAUGCUUGUCGAAACACCGGUGCCGCUCCAUUGAUAGGUUAUGUGCUGAAUGAGCGAAUGAAUCGGUUAUAGUGCGAGGUUGCGAUAGAUAAAAUGUUGAAGAAGUGGUUGUCGAAUUUCGCGCUGGCCGCCACUAUCAGAUGGUUGCUGAUGAAUUCCGAGUACCAAAAGAUCAUUAGCAACCGCGUCGAAGUGUCGACCGCUUUGAACUCCUGGAAAAGAGUGACCGAAGGAGUUUACCUGUAUAACUUUGGCAUUGAUCCCUAUGAAGGUGAUCUGUUUCAUGAGACUCCCAUUGGCUUAUAUGUCUUUAAUUUCAUGCAGAAGUAUCUGUCUCAGUGGGCUCUGUUUCUGUUGUUCAUUGUUACUGACUUAACAACAGCUGUAUGUCUUGCAAUUGCUGCAAAGCACUACGCAAUUGAGCUGGCAACAAAGAGAAAAGAAGAAAAAGCACAGGAUGAGGAUAAGAAGCUCAAUGAAGGUGUCUCAAGUGUAUCAGCUUUGUAUGUUUCCGCAGGGUAUCUAUUUAAUCCUUACAUCAUAUUGAACUGUAUUGGCCUCACGACUACAGUCUUUACCAAUUUGCUCUACUCGAUCGCACUGGUAUCCAUGACAAGACGUUCCAUACUAUGGAGUUGCAUCUCAAUAGCAUUGCUAACACUGCAAGAACUCUACCCCAUAUCGCUCAUGGUGCCGGCAGCUAUCUACGUCGCUAGUGUAGCGGGGGAUAAGAUCAAGAAGAUCAGAGUUAUUACGAUGUUGGUUGUAUUUGUGAGCAUCUUGGGAGCCUUGUUUGCUGUUUCCUACUACAUAAUGAGAAGCUGGUCGUUCCUGGGGAGCACAAUUGGAUUCAUCUUGACUGUCCCCGACCUGCGUCCGAACAUCGGGCUGUAUUGGUACUUUUUCACGGAAAUGUUUGAGCACUUUAGAUGGCUCUUCAUCGCGUCUUUCCAGAUAAACGUCAGUUUACUGUAUAUAGUCCCUCUAGCGCUGCGACUAAGACGCGACCCGAUGCUAUUAGCGUUCUCAUAUCUAGCGAUAGCUGCCAUAUUCAAAUCCUACCCGUGUAUCGGAGACGUCGGCUUUUAUAUAUCCUUGUUGCCGCUGUGGAAGCAUCUAUUUCAGCAUAUGCAACAAGGAUUUAUCGUAGGCUGUUUCGUGCUAUUCUGCACGGUUUUCGCCCCGACCGUGUGGCACCAGUGGAUUUACUCCAGAUCGGCGAAUGCCAACUUCUACUUCGGUGUAACGCUAGCGUUCGCCAUAGCGCAGAUCUUCCUCCUCACAGACAUCUUGUUCGCCAGUUUGAAAUACGAAUUCGCGGUUCAGCACGGUAACAAUAAGAAAGUCAAUGGAAACGAAGCUAAACUGCUCCUCGAAUAAUAAGCUUUUCUAGGUGAGAGAAUGUGUAAUACUUUGAACAAUGACACGUGUCUCUGAAUCAUUUGCCUCGUAUAAAAAUAAAUAGUUUUCUAUAAA